AUCAUCACCACAAAAGCUGUGCAUUUUAGAUGGUUCAGAGAAACUAACCAUCACUGUAGUCUCACUACAAGACAACCAUCAAUAUAAGAGAAUAUCAAUAUGUUGAUAAAUGCCAUUCGUGACUACUGCUAAUAAGAGAGUCAUUCAGAUGUUGCUCAUUGAACUAAGAAUAGAUUGACUAUAAACAAACCACAAAGCCGCAAUGUAUUGUGACCAAGCUUCUGAGCCGGAUGAAAUGUUUCCCGUUGUUUCUAACAUAGAUGAACUUGAAGAGCGAAUAGUCGUAAGAAAUAUUCCCCAGAGACUCCUAGAAGAUUAUGACUUUGCACAAUUCAAAGACAUUGACUGGUCAGAACAAUCAGCUACGUCUCCUGAUGAAUUGCGAAGUAAAGUAAAAGAUGACUCAGUAGAACUUCUUAAAGAAUACCUGGAAAAUAAAUCAGAUUCUCUGAAACAACGUGCCUUGCAAUAUGCUAUGGAAGAUAACCAAAUCGAAACAGUCAAGUGUCUAAUUGAAUAUUUAGAUGAAUAUAUCUUGCUUAAGAAAUAUGAUCUAGUUAGAAAUGAAGGAAUUAUUGAGAAAAGUUUAUUACAAUAUAUAACUGAAUCAAACGAUAAAGAAAUGGCAAAAUGUUUCUUAGACAAAUUCCCAAACGAAAAUCGUCCGGAAAUUAUUCUACAAGAAGUUCUUAUGAAUAUUCCGGGGAAAUUAUUCCGAACAACAACAUGUUACCAUUUAGCUGCUUAUUUAGGCCUAAGUGAAUUAACAAAUUUCUAUAAAUCGCAGGGAAUUACCGUAGAUAGUAAAACUCUGAUGGAAGAAACCGCAUUAAUGUGGGCGACACGGGGUGAUCAGAAGUCACUAAUUGAAGAGCUUAUAAGUAUGGGUGCUUGCCCAUUUUUAAAAAACAUUAAUGGAUGUACUGCACUUCGUUGGGCAGUACGUUAUGGACACAUCGAAUGCGUCAACAUUCUUUUAAAAUAUUUCACAAAUGAACAUCAAUCAGAUUUAAUAUCAUCUCUUAAUCUUGCAUCAGCUUUCGGCUACAGUAAAAUCGUUGAAGCGAUAAUUGCCUCAUCUCUGAUUGAUGUGAACACCCCUGACUGCUAUCAGCUAUAUCCUAUUCAUUAUGCAGCGAAUAAAGGUCACGAAGAUGUCUUACGACUUUUAAUCCAGAAUAAGGCAGACCUUAAUGUAACAAAUGCAAAAGGAGAUACGGCUUUGUUUUUGGCAAUACAAAAUGAUCAGGUGCAUAUUGUUCGGAUGCUGAUAGAAUAUGGUUGUAAUGUCUAUCUCAAGAAUAUGGAAGGCAAGGAUAUUUGGUCCUUUGCACUACUUAAGAGAAAUAAAGCUUGUUUUCAAGGUCUCAUACAUAUUAUUGCGGAAAAAAUUACUCAGGGAAGCACCGAGAUGAAGAUGCUAUUUAACACUCGCUCACCUGUGUUUGAGAUUGCAAAAAAUGGAGAUUUAAGUGGACUAGAGAUUUUAGAAAAACGUAAAUUAGAUAUGAAAAUAAAAGAUGAAGGUGGUAAUACAAUACUGCAUAUUGCCGCUCAAGGUAAGCAUCAUGAUAUCGUGGAGCGUUUUAAGGACCCAAAUUUCCUUAAUGAACAAAAUAAUAACGAGGAAACCGCAUUUCAUUUAGCUGCUUCGACUGGAAAUUUUGAAACAAUAAAUGCGUUUCUUAAAUUAGGAGCAAAAGCUAAUAUUAAAAAUUGCAAUGGAGAAACAAUUUUGCAUAUUGCUGCAAAAUCUAAAAGUACUUCUGCCGAGGUCAUGAAGCUUUUAGUUAAUUACAUGAUGAACAGACAUUCUUGGGAUAAUUUAAAUGACAUUGAUAAGGAAGGAAGAAAUGCCCUUCAUGUGGCCGCACUAUAUGGCUCACCAGACGUUAUUUGGGAAUGCCGUAGUUUGACCUGUAAUACAUCUGAUAUGAAUGGUGAUACUCCAUAUCAUUUAGCUAUUCGUGCCGGGCAACCAGAAAUAUUUCAGAAGAUGCUCGAUAUUUAUGACUUUAAAAUGAACAAAGCAGAUCUCAACAAAAGGAAUAAAGAAGGAGAAACUGUAGUUUUUAAAGUCAUUGAAAAAAGAUUUUUAUGUUGCUUUAAAAGGUUACUUCAACACAAUAUUGAUUUAACAUUUAAGUACAAAGAGAAAGAAAAUACUGUCCUCCAUGAUUUAGUUAAAAUUUGCAUCAGAAACAGUGAAUGUCUCGAAUUUUUCGACAUACUACAUGAUCAUUUUACUUCUAAAAAUAACUUGAAAUUUUCUUCCAAAGACUUCCGAAAAUUAAUUUUUGAAGUGAAGAACAAAAAACAGUUAAGUGUGUUUAGUUUGGCUUUCAUAAAAUGUGCUAAAGACAUUAUAAAUAAACUGAUGACACUAAAAUAUGUAACGCAGUUUGAUAUAGACGAUUGUAAGUAUUUUGAUGUGACACAAAUCCUGUUAAACAAUGAUAUACGUUUCAAAAACAUUAAAAAAGACUCUGAUACAAGUAUGCCUUCUAGCAGCGCCUUUGAAAUAUUUCUUAGUAUGGAAACUAAGCCGUCGCUUGGGGAACUUUUCACUAUCUUACCAUUAAAACAUAUCGCAGUAGUAUACAAAGAAAUGAAUCAGGUUCUGUGUGCCGCGGCAAUGUUGGUGCAUUUUUCACAUAUGCUCUUGUUGACUGUCAAUGCCAAUCAGCUGGUGAAAUAUAAAGUAGAUGAAGUGAAGAACAUUAACUUAAAUCUAAUAGUUAUUUGUAGCUUAUGUGAACCAGUUGUAAUCCUAAUUUUCUGUCUGAUAUCUUUGUUCCGUUCUACCUGCAAUUAUUUAGGAUAUAAAGGACGUGACGAGGAUCCUGAAGAGGAUGAUGAAAAUCAUCAUCAACACAAUAAACUAUACUUAGGUGCAGACAUUGAUAAAAAUUCUUGUCAAUAUAAAUUGAAAAAAUUCACAAAAUAUGUACGAAAAAAAUUUCUAUUAACAAUAAUAAUGUCCAUUUAUUCAGUACUUUCUAUCGCAUGGAUUAUUCAGCGAUGUACAAAUAAUCCAGACUACUACAUAUGUUUAGGUGUGGUUUUAUGCUAUGGUUGGCUUCUUGGCAUAACUUUUAUACGAGGUUUGAAACCAUUGCAUUACUUUUGGCGUGUGCUAUCGGAAAUGUUAGAAAGGGACAUUUUGAGGUUUUUUUGCAUGUACACGUGCGUUUUAUUAGCUUUUUCGCUUUCAUUUCAUAUCUGGUUAAAUGGUUCCGGUAAUCUUAAGGACGAAAACCCUUGGUUAACAAUCUUUGCGUUGUUUAAUUUAAUGUUAGGAAUGGGAGAAAUAUUUGAUUUUAGUUUGCAAGAUGCCUUGAAUGAAGGUAGUUCACUGACUCACAUGUACAAAGCAUUAUAUUGCUUAUAUUUUCUAAUAGGUAUCAUUAUUUUUAUAAAUCUUCUGACGGCAAUGUUAAAUGAUACUUAUUCAGUAAUUAAAUCAAAAAACGAACUUAACUGGCAAAUAGAUUCAAUUAAGCAAGCCAUUCGAGUUGAGAAGAUUCUUCCUUGCGUAAGAUUACUCUUCUAUCGUGGAAAGAUUGAAAGAAUGAAAUGUCUUGAUAAUGAGGACGAUUCAAUUAAAUAUUACGCUAUUUUACCACUAAAGAAAAACAAAAACAAUCAAAAAUGAAAUAAAUGAGAAGUUAGACAUCCUUACAGAAUCCACUAGUUUUAGUUUAGAUAUCAAAGAACCAAAGAAAGUGCAGACAUCAAUGGAAAAUAUUCGAAAGAUACUUCAUCAGCAUAAUAGAUGAAAUUAAAAUAUAUAUGUGUACACACACACACACACAGUUAAAAGAAAAGAAGGAUUAAAAGAUCCUGGCUGAUAUCAAUAAAGCACUCAGUAUUAAAAGAAUUUUUUUUCUUUUUCUUUCCCACAUAUAUGGGGAGACUGGAAGGUUGGUUUGGAGUUUAGACCCAUUUUGUUGCAACAAUUACAUGAAAUCUAGUUCUUAACUGGUACUAAUUUCAGCAACAUCUGAAAUGACUACAAGGAUCAAAUCCCAAACAUCAAGAACUCUAACUAAAUACAACAAGCAUUUUUCAGUUGCUCUCCUAUCACCAUUCUUAUGAAAGCCAGAAUGUUACAUUAUUGUUAUCAUCAGUUUAAUGCACUCUUUUCUAUGAUUGCAUGGGUCAGACAGGAGUAUUUUGGGGGCAGAGGCUUCUUUAUAUGGAUGUCCUUCCCGUCAUCAUUUCCCAUUUGUUUCCCAGUCUAUCAAACAAGCAGCUUAGACAUAUUUAUGUAGAGAAUAGGAAACAAACAACACAGUACGGAUGAGCCUUUUGCUUUACAAAAAUUGUACAACAUAUCAAGCCUGGAUGUGCUUUCAUAGUGAAAUGCAAGCAAAUCAUACUGUUAGCAAAGCCAUUGCUCACAAUUAGUAAGCAAAACAUGAGCAGUCAAAGGGAAUACAAACUCAUUCACAGAAACAAAUAACAAAUACAUUAACAUAUAUAUUAAUUCAUGAAUGACAAGAGAACAAGAGUCAUAAAAUCAACUUCAUUGGCUGGCAGCUUUUUCUGCUAUAAGAAGCAGUGAACUCAAGAAUGUAUGUAUUGAGUUCUAACAAUUGGUUAUUGAUAUCACUAUGCCUAAGUGAAAUCAGAAAAUACAUACAAUAUAUAUAUAUAUAUGUAUAUAUGUAUUGGUUUCAAAUUUUGGCAUAUGGCCAGCAACUUUUGGGCAAAAGAAAUCAGUCAAUUAGAUUGAUCCCCACAUGCAGUUGGUACUUAUUUUAUUGGCCCCGAAAGGAUGAAAGGCAAAAUCGACUUUGGUAGAAUUUGAACUCUGAACAUAGGGAUGGAUGAAACAUUGCUAAGCAUUUUACCUAGUGCAGUAACAAUUUUGCCAGCUCACCACCAAGAUAUAUACACAUGCAUACACACACACAUAUACAUAUAAUGAGCUUGUUUCAGUUUCAGUCUACCAAAUCUACUCACAAGGCUUUAACUAGUCCAGGGCUAUAGCAGAAGAUACUUACCCAUGGUGUCACAUAGUGGGACUGAACCCAAAAACCAUGUGGCUGGGAAGCAAACUCAUUAACCACAUAAUCAUACCUGCAUCUUACAAAAUACUCUACCUUGGUGCAGUUACAGAUUGUAGAAAUCUUCAUAAUCAGCAUCAUCAGUAUUUUAUGUUCAUUUUUCCAUUAUUUACAUUUGACAGAUAUUUAUCCUCAUCUUGUUUGUUGUUAACACAAUAUUUCAGCUGAUGUACUCUCUAGCCUUCAUCAGGUGUCCUGGAGGAAUUUUGAACCUGGGUUCUCAUUCCUAAGGUAUUUUUAUGAUAUUAUUAUUAUUCUUAUUCAGGUCACUGCCUGGAAUCAAACUUCGCACUCUUAACCACUAUGCCAUAUUCCUGUGGGCAAUUAUGGCGUGAAUUUUAGGGUUUAUAAAUCUAAUAUUUUCCUAUUCUUCCUUAAUACUGGUUCCCAUAUGCUACUUAUAUCUGCACUAGGUUUGCUUAGGAGGUUACUGUGUCCUAGCAUAUGUGCUGCCUCUUUUAGUUUUCGUAUUUUCCAGUGGUGUUCUCUGUCUAUUAUUUUAACUUCAUCCCAGUCUCCGUUUUUUCAUACAUGAUCAGCUAUAUCCGAUUUAUCAAUGUCUCCUCAUGUCACAGCUCUGCGAUGUUCCUCUACCCUUAUUUUGAGGGGGCAGCAUGUUUUACCUUUGUAUAACCUACAUCAGCCGAAACGUUGUGCUAACAACAAACAGGAUGAGGAAAAAUAUGUCAAAUGUAAAUAAUGUACAUAAUUCCUCAUCUCUCAAAUAUAGAACUGUUUCAUUUUUCCAUGUAGGCACAGAUUGGACAGAUCUGUUCCAGCACAAUGUUUUGCUACUUGUUGUCCUUUGUCAUCUAAUAUACAGAACAACAGAAAAAACAGACAAAUCUUUGUUGUUGUGCAUGUUAUGAUUGUUAUAGCUGAAUGUCCAUUUUAUCACCUAUCCCUUUAUAGAAAUGACUGAAUGAAUCAUUGUGCUACUGACAAUGUUAGUGAGCGAGAUAUUAUGCAGUGGACAACUCAACUAAAUAAUUAACAUUUAGUACAAUCUGAUUUUCUUACUUUUUUGGCUUCAGACCAUCUGUUAUUUUCCAUUCCUCACCCUCAGAGAAAUUGUUUAGAUGUUUUAAACUCUUUAUUAAAGAGUAAACAAAACAAAUUACAACAAAAGAUGCAUGAAAUUGAUUCUAAAUAGAGUCAAAAUGUUUAUUAUAAUAUACAAUAUAAUUUUGUACUCAAUUUAAUAAUUUCUAUAAUAUAAAUGAGAAUAAAUUAUAGCAGCAUAUAUUGCUGUACAUGUUUGAAGAUAACUUAAUACAAAAUAUAAAUAAAUAAUAGCAAAUAAAAAAA